AUGGCUAGUCUGUCUCUUCCAGAUCUUCUGCAGGCGAUACAACGUCAACCUGAGGCUUUGCGGGUCCUGCAGUCCAUUGUUAGCCAACCACCCUCCGAAAACACUGAACGGUCCGUACUUUUCAACGAGCAUAGGUUGAAGACGCUCUCACAAUGGCUUAUGUCGACCAACAGACCUCCACACAGUCCCGAUAUCGCCUCCUUGACAGACAGGAUCGGAAGUCUGGAGCAACAGCUGGCAAGACAAGGCCGUCCGAGCCGCAGGAAACGACCCCGCCGAUCUGAUGACCCCGACGAGACGGACCAUCCUUUGAACCAACAUCAAGUCGGCCAUGUGAAUGUAGCCGAGAAGUUUUGCGCGGAUAUGACCGCAGAGGAGAUGAGUCGACUCGUACGAACUGAGUUAUACGCGAUCAUUGGCUUUGAUUCCCCUCACGGUACCAUGCCAUGCAAAGGAGAAUUCACGGUCGACGGCAAGGCUGUACCUGACUUCAACAAAAAGCUCACCGCCAAAGAGAACUACCUGAUCCAGCUCCGUGCGGCAGAGGUAGUGCAGCAAAUGCAGCAAUCAAAUCCCAACCUCAUUCCACUGCACAUGCAAGAAAAUUGGAUGUCCACCGAAACGCUGAUCCGACUGGCCCAGAGUACCUGGCAACACAUGAAAUGGAUCUGGCGCGCUGAACGCCGUCGCACGCGAACAGCCCAAUUCAAAUCCGGGGCUCUAUGCUUUGCGGCAGAGCUCAACUUGGACGCCGACUUGCUUUGCCAAGAACUCAUACACGAGGACUGGGUUGGGGAGGAAUGCUCGGCAGCGGAGGAGGGCGAGGACCAGGAGGAGUGGGAAAACGACUUGCUGAACGGUUCUGGGUUUACUGCAGAGCAGGUUGUCGCUAACGGUAUACUCCUAUGGGAACUGCGCCGGCCCGUCUGGAUGCAUACGGCUGUUACGACCAACAAGCGACGUGCUUCCAACAUCAUACGAGUGGAUCUAGGAAACACGUCUGCCUUGAUGCCGAUGGAGAUGCCGUAUCGAUUCAUGAUCGAUGCCGAAUGGCAAGUCGUGGAGAGUGAGCACUACAAGGGUUUCCAUCCAAGGGAUGCACAACCUUCUUGCUUGACGGAUACCAUGCGAGAUGAACUUCGUAAUCCCGACAAUGCAUACAUCCAUACAAAAUUCCGCACCACUAUGUGA